AUGGGCGGCAACUCAUGUCGGGAGAUGAUGAACCCGUACGCGGUGAACACCCCGCUCAUGGCUGUUUGCGUCACUUCCUUGCUCUUUAAUAGCGUUCAGGGUGGAACCCUGCGGUCUUCUAACGUGUACAACAAUUUCAUUGUGCUUUACAUGCUUGGCUUCUCUACGGGGAUGCUCGACGGUUCUUCAGCAGCCGUUAUGAGGCGCGAAGCUUGGCCUUUUGGCCUCUUUCUUCUUUACAUUCGGCCCAAAUGUGCGGCUUCUGUACACGAAGCGCCUUUUUCCAGACUGCAUACGUUACGCCAUAGGGGGACAUACAUGACGUAUCAUGCACUGCAGUGGUACCGUGAGACAACGUAUUUUGAAGAUGCCAUGGAGGACGACAAGGACAGCUAA